AUGGGAUCGUCUAACGGAAGAGCUGUCGCCGCUUACCUCAGAGCACUCAACCUCAGCCCUAACAAUGCUGUCGUCCACGGCAACCUGGCAUGCGUCUAUUAUGAACAAGGCCUCAUCGACCUGGCAAUUGACACAUACCGGCGAGCUAUUGAACUACAGCCAAACUUUCCAGAUGCCUAUUGUAACCUUGCUAAUGCUCUUAAGGAAAAAGGACAGGUAGCAGAAGCUGAAGAAUGUUACAAUACUGCUCUUCGGCUAUGCCCAUCCCAUGCAGAUUCGCUCAACAACCUUGCCAACAUCAAGAGAGAGCAAGGGUACAUAGAGGAGUCUACAAGAUUGUACUUAAAAGCAUUGGAGGUAUUUCCGGAAUUCGCUGCAGCCCAUUCGAACUUGGCCUCGGUCCUCCAACAACAAGGAAAAUUAAACGAAGCAUUGAUGCAUUACAAGGAAGCAAUAAGGAUCCAGCCUACCUUCGCAGAUGCGUAUUCAAAUAUGGGAAAUACCCUGAAGGAAAUGCAAGACAUUCAGGGAGCCCUUCAAUGUUACACAAGGGCGAUUCAGAUCAACCCUGCAUUUGCUGACGCCCACAGCAACCUUGCAUCAAUUCAUAAAGAUUCUGGUAACAUUCCUGAGGCGAUCCAGUCGUACAGAACUGCCUUAAAGCUGAAGCCUGAUUUUCCUGAUGCGUAUUGCAACCUGGCUCAUUGCCUCCAGAUUGUGUGUGAUUGGACAGAUUAUGAAGCAAGGAUGAAGAAGCUAGUUUCAAUUGUUGCUGAGCAGUUAGAAAAGAACAGGCUCCCAUCUAUUCACGUUUUACACAAACCUGGCUACAAAUAUCCAAAGGAUUUAUAUGCAGGACGGCUGCGAAUUGGAUAUGUCUCCUCUGAUUUUGGUAAUCAUCCCACUUCGCAUUUGAUGCAAUCAAUACCAGGCCUCCACAGGAGAAUAGAAGUUGAGAUUUUCUGUUACGCUCUGUCACCAGACGAUGGCACAACCUUCAGAGCUAAAAUUUGUAGAGAAUCUGAACAUUUUAUUGAUUUGUCUCAGGUACCAUGCAAUGGCAAAGCAGCUGACCGAAUCAAUUCUGAUGGUAUUCAUAUUCUAGUUAACAUGAACGGUUACACUAAAGGUGCAAGAAAUGAAAUUUUUGCCUUGAGGCCUGCACCUAUUCAAGUAAUGUGGCUUGGAUAUCCCGGAACAAGUGGUGCAUCGUUUAUGGAUUACUUGAUCACUGAUGCAGUAACCUCACCCGUAGAAUUGGCCUCUCAAUAUUCAGAAAAAUUGGCUUUUAUGCCCCAUACGUACUUUAUCGGUGAUCAUAAACAGAUGUUCCCUCACCUCAAAGAGAGGUUAAUUUUAGCUGAUAAGACAUCGAAAUCAGAGUUGGCAGAUAAUGUGGCGGUGCUAAACGCUACUGACCUCUCCCCAAUGAUUGAAAAUACUGAAGUCAAAGAAAUCAGGGAACUUGUCGCUCCAGUUACUGAUACAAAGACAAGCAGACCUGUCGAGAUUUCUCUUAAAGUUGCCCAGCUACCUACUACGACACCAAUAGAGACAAUGAUUGCAUCUGGCCAAAUCCAGACAUCAUUGAAUGGAGUAGUAGUACAAAAUGGCUUAGCGACAAAUCAGACUAAUAAUAAAGCAGCGACUGGCGAAGAGGUACCACAAUCAAUUGUCAUCACCACCAGGCAGCAAUAUGGUCUUCCUGAUGAUGCUGUGGUUUAUUGCAACUUCAACCAGUUGUACAAAAUUGAUCCACACACUCUUCAGAUGUGGGUUAAUAUCCUCAAGGCUGUACCUCAGAGUGUGAUGUGGCUGUUGAGGUUUCCCUCUGUUGGUGAGCCCCAUUUACAGGCUGCGGCUUCUGCUCUUGGUCUCCCUCCCGGUAGGAUCAUCUUUUCUAAUGUAGCCGCCAAAGAGGAACAUGUGCGACGAGGCCAGCUGGCCGACGUCUGCUUGGAUACCCCACUCUGCAAUGGCCACACCACUUCUAUGGAUGUUCUGUGGACUGGCACUCCUGUGGUCACUCUUCCUGGUGAGACUCUUGCUUCUCGAGUAGCAGCAUCUCAGCUGGCUACUCUUGGUUGUCAUGAACUGAUUGCUAGGACAAGGCAGGAAUAUCAAGAAAUUGCUAUCAGAUUGGGAACAGAUCGUGAAUACUUGAAGGCAAUGCGCGCUGAGGUAUGGAGAGCUAGAUCAGAAAGUCCUCUUUUCAGUUGCAGGAUGUACGCUGAAGGUCUUGAGAAGUUGUACAAAAUAAUGUGGAAUCGACAUGCCUCUGGCGAGAAGCCUGCACACAUCUCUGUCUCUCAGGCUAGUCAGUAGAUGCACAAUGUUAUUUCGUUUUAUUUAUAAAAAGCACAGCAUCGCUGAAUUUUUUAUGAAUUUAAAUUUGUAUUUCCCUGUUUCAACUCUUCAUCUUCCUGUUAUUGUGAAGCAAUAAUUGACUGAUUUCUAUAUAAAUGCUCGUGUUAGUAUUUGUCCAAUUUAAUAUAUUGAGAUAGGAGUAUUUAUUUUAUUGAAAUAUUGGAAUUUCUUUUUCUUCUUUAUUAAUUUUGUCAAAUGUGAUCUACUGUUUGUCCUGCACAAGUACAAGGAACAUUCCUUUUGAAGUGAAUAUUGAGAAAGUAUUUUGUAAAAAUUUUUGCAUGCAUGAAGUUAGAUGAUCGAUGAUUAUCAAUACCAGUGCUGUGUUAUGAAUUUAUUUUAUUUUAUUUUUUUAAUGUUUUAACUGACACAAAUUGAUUAAAAACAUAGUCCUGCUCAAGAAAUCAAAUUAGCAGUUACCAUUAUGCCAUUUAAUGUAUUCAGAUUUUUUUUUUUUUUUUACAGUUAUCUUCAGUUUUUCUUUUUUAAUUUAAUAUAUUCUUACUCAAAAUUUUAGUUAAUUAUAUAUUUAAGGACAAAUGUAUUUAUCGUAUGGUGAUGUGCGACGAAGAACGAUGUGGAUAAAUGAAUCUUUCAUUGAAUUGUACAUUUAUUGAUGCUCUAAGGGCAAGUUUAUUUUGUAUACUAAAUACUUUUAAUAUAGUUAUGUAUAUUUAUAGAUAGAUUUAGGUAUGUAAUGAUGUUUAUGGAAAAGAGUGAUGUAAUAAACGCAUGGGUUGAUGCUGAUUGGACUUGAAAAAUUGAAGUAUUUAUAUUGAGUCAUUAACAUUGCUCCACUGCGAUAUUUUGAUGAAGCAUUUGUGUGGAUCUCAAUUGAAUUUGUGUAAAUAUUAAUAUUUCAUUGAUGGUUUUGUCUUAAAAUUUGAGAGAAACUUUUCACACUAAAGUAUAUAUUCUCUUAAAUUAAAGUUUUUUUAUAAUCACCUACACUACCAUUGAAUGGACAUUGAUAUGGUUUUUGUUAAGAUCAUCUUUUAUUUAUUGUAAAAGUUUCAGAUUGAAUAAAUAUCUGUUGAAAUGUAUUAAACAGUUUUAAGUAUGUAAUAAAAGUUAAAUAAAUUUUA